AUGCAAAUACCGCUUACUCCUGCCCAUUUUUCUAAAAUCAAUACUGGUGGUCUGGAAGGCUUAUCUGAAAAUAAACGAAGUAUGCAAAGUACAACAGAGGAAUGUACAGAACUCUAUUUAAGAUUAUUAUCACAGAUAAUUUAUCCUCCUUCGUAUGGAACAAAUGAAGACUCUUAUCAUGCUUUUUGGGAUGUUAUUAUUAAAAACUCGCUAGAAAUGUUUGGAAAGAAUAUACUUAACAAAGAAUUUACAGGUCGCAAUUGCCCAGACAUGGUUACAUUGGUGAAAAAUGUUUGUCCUUUUCAUGGGGAAAAGUCGGUAGAUUCUACUGAGGAUCCUUCACAAGAAUUAACUAAGAAAUUCAAAGGAUGGACCUACGGAGAUUCUUCAUACCUCUUUGGUUACUAUGCUACUGGUAAAUUGGUCACUUUUGUGACUUUGUCUGAGUCCGUUGAAGAUGGGUCAAGUAAAAAGAGAAAAUAG